UUGCUAUCCAACAUUCGUUGCGUGCGGUUUAAGAUACAAAGAUACUCGUGCAACCACUGCUGCUGCGGCUGUUCUUGUUUCGAGAUACACGCGAGUGUCGAAGAAAUCGGAAUCUCUACCAGACGGAUAUUUUCCAAACACACAUAUCCAAAUAUAAAUAUCGUCGAAAUAACAUUGGAAAUAUCUUACCAUAUUCAAAUAUCUGGCGGUGGCUAAUUAGGAGUGCGAAAAACACACGAUUUUGGACAGCAACAUGUUUGGGUGUUGAUGCGCAGGCGCCGUAAAGUAUUCUAUGCUACGUGGGUGGCCGUCGUUCCAAAGGACAAAUCCAAGGCAAAGGACAUUCCUCGAAGUUGGCGUGUUAUCCAACAAACUUAACCGCAACUUGAAGUGCAGUGAAAAGUACAGAAAGUAGAGCUCCAGAAGCACAUUUCAAUAGUGAAGAAUAUUGAAAACAUAUCCCCCCUCGAACGAGUACAUAUUUUGGAAACAUAUCCCAACCGAAGUUUACAUAAUCCCGCAACCAUGUCCACCGCCUCAUCGAGCAACUCCGGUGGCGAGGAGGCCACCAAGAAGCCAGGCACCAGCAACGAGGAGAGCUCCCACCUGCUGGAAUCCACCGAGAAUGGGGCCAAGUACGGCUCCAGACAAGCGGUAAAAAUCAUCAAAGCCAGCGAGAAUGGCCGUUCCAGCUCCACGCCACACGAUCAGGAGAAUCUACUCGGCAGAAUGGUGCAUACGUCGACGGAGAACAAUUCCCGGAAGUUGCCCCAGUAUGUGGCGGCUCUGGCAGCCGCUGGUGGUGCUUUCGCUUGCGGCACCCUUCUGGGAUGGACAUCGCCCGCCCAGACAAAGAUCGUAGACAAUGGCACCGGAUACGAUUUCCCCGUUAGCGACACCCAGUUCUCGUGGAUCAGUUCCGCCAUGACCCUGGGUGCCGCCUCCGUGUGCAUCCCCAUCGGUUUCCUCAUCAAUAUGAUUGGACGAAAAUGGACCAUGUUGUUCCUGGUGCUGCCCUUCAUCGCUGGCUGGGCCAUGCUCAUCUGGGCGCCCAAUGUGGGCUUGAUGUACGCCUCUCGCUACAUCCUCGGUAUUGCUGGCGGUGCUUUCUGUGUGACUGCUCCCAUGUACACGGGUGAAAUUGCCCAGAAGGACAUUCGAGGAACCCUGGGCAGCUUCUUCCAGCUGAUGAUCACCAUUGGUAUCCUGUUUGUGUACGCCAUCGGAGCUGGCUUGGAAAUCUUCUGGGUGAGCGUCGUUUGCGGCCUUCUUCCCCUCGUUUUUGGCGCAAUCUUUUUCUUCAUGCCGGAAUCACCUACUUAUUUGGUUGCCAAAGAUCGGUCCGAGAACGCCAUCAAGUCCAUUCAGUGGUUGCGUGGCAAGGAUUACGACUAUGAGCCUGAGCUGGCGGAGUUGCGUGAAACCGACCGGGAAAUCCGUGAGAACAAGGUCAAUGUUUGGUCAGCCCUGAACCGUCCAGUUACCAGGAAGGCCUUGGCCAUCAGUCUGGGUCUGAUGUUCUUCCAGCAGGUGUGCGGCAUCAACGCUGUUAUUUUCUACUCGUCCAGGAUCUUUAAGGAAGCUAACACCGGCAUUGGAGAACAGUGGGCCACAAUCUUGAUCGGAAUCAUGCAGGUGGUGGCCACUUUCGUUUCCACCUUGGUUGUUGACAAGCUGGGCCGUCGUAUCCUGCUGCUGGCCUCCGGAUGUGCCAUGGCUGUGGCUACCACUGCCAUUGGAGUGUACUUCUAUCUGCAGAGUCAAGACCCAACCCAGGUGGAGAGCCUUGGAUGGUUGCCGGUGGCCAGUUUGUGCAUCUUCAUCAUUAUGUUCUCGAUGGGCUACGGACCCGUGCCAUGGCUGAUGAUGGGUGAACUGUUCGCCACUGAUAUCAAGGGCUUCGCUGGAUCGCUGGCUGGCACCUCCAACUGGCUGCUGGCCUUUGUGGUGACCAAGACGUUCGACGAUCUGAACAACGGACUGGGAAUCGGAGGCACCUUCUGGCUCUUCGCCGGCCUCACUGUAUUGGGUGUGUUCUUCGUGUUCUUCGCUGUGCCUGAGACGAAGGGCAAGAGUCUGAACGAGAUCCAGCAGGAGCUGGCCGGUAACCGAUCCAAUCCCAGCGCAGUUGUCUCCAACGGUGCAGCGGAGAAGUAAGGGGGCGCUGGCGCAGGCGCAGGAAGUUGAAUUAGCGCAAACCGGAAGCCGGCAAACGGACCGGAAAUCACUGUUAACUUGAUGUUAAUUUACGUUCGAUUUAGGUUCGCGUUAAGUGCAAGUGCAAGUCCUGAUGAAUUUGUUUAUAGAAUUUAAUUUUCGCAUAAUUUUCGGUUAAGCGUAACGAGAGAGACGGGAAACUAUUGCAGCAAACUAUUACUAAGAGCGAAGACUGAAGGUCAACUGCAGAAAAGCCGCGAGAAAUGUAAGGCCUGCUUUUGCAGCCAUUGAAAAGACAACAGCAAUUUAAGAAAAACAAAACAUAUAUGGAUAUAUAUGCUUACUUAGUGUUACUUCACCAUUCAACCAACGAAUUCUGUUUUACAAAUUAAUGAAGUGAAUGUUUUAAGGCAAAUUAAUGCAUUUGUUCAGGUUUUUAGAAAGUGUUUGCACGCAUCUGUUCGAUAAUUCUUAAUCUAUUUGUACUAUAUAAAAUAUAUAUGUAUGUCUAUGUAUAUGAACUAUAGUCGUCUAUGUCAAAAAUCCCAGAAGCAUUCAUUUGAUUCACUUAGUGUAGUCACGUCUUUUGCCAAUUUAUUUAUUAUGCCAAUAGAGCGCCAGAGAAGAGUGUUUAUAUUUUUAUGUAAUAAACCGAAAUAAACAACUAUUUUUUAAUGUA